AUGGCUAAUGACACCAAACGCCUUUCCCUUAGUCCCGCCAUAGUCACCGGCGGCUGUGGGUUUCUCGGGUCUCAUCUAGCCGAGACUCUCCUCAAGGACCCCGAAUGUCAAGUGCACAUCCUUGACGUCGAUACUGGCCGCAAUCGAAUGCCAGGGGCCACUUACCACAGUUGCGACAUCACGUCCGCUGAUGAUGUAAGGUCCGCCUUUCUCAAGAUCAAGCCCAAAGUCGUCUUCCACGUCGUUUCUCCGGAUCCUCUGUCCCACGAUCAUGCCCGCUUCCAGCGCGUCAACGUCGAUGGGACACACAACCUUCUCCUGGCUGCCAAGGCGGCACAUACUCAAGCAUUCGUUUACACUUCUACCUCAUCGGUCAUCCACAAUCAUGAGACCAACAUGUUGGACGCCGAUGAAUCGCUUCCUAUACUUCGAUACCCUGCACAGAAGAACGUCUACACCUUGACCAAGGUCGCAGCCGAGGACAAAGUUCGCGCGGCCAAUCGGGCAGACGGCGAUGCAUCUUUGUUGACAGCCAUCCUUCGUCCGGCUUCUACCUUCGGCGAACGGGACUACCUCAACUUCUGGUCCAUCGUCACCAAAGCAAGGGCCGGACGAGCCAAUAUCCAGAUCGGCGACGGCAAAAACCUGUUUUCGUAUGCAUACGUCGGAAACCUUGUCGAUGCUCACAUCUUGGCAGCUGAAGCCCUCGUCCGCGCCUAUGGGAAACCACCAACACUACCGGAGUCGCGCGUUGACGGCGAGGCUUUCUUCAUCACGAAUGACGAAGACCACGACUGGCGCUUCUGGGAUUAUCAGCGAGCUGGAGCUGCGUCCGUAGGGUACCCCGUGAAGGAGAAGGACAUUAAAAUCAUUCCUCUAGGCUUGGCUUUCCUGAUGGGGUUCAUUGCUGAAUGGUGGGUAUGGGCCACAUCCUUUGGGAAAAGACAGUCAGUGUUAAGCAGGCAGACCGUGCGGUAUGCCUGCAUUCAUCGGACUCUGAACUGCGGCAAGGCGAAAAGAAUCCUGGGAUAUAGGCCAAAGGUCACCAUGUCCGAAGCCAUCGAGAAGACGGGCGCCUGGUUCAUUCAGGAGGCUAAGAAGGCUGAAGAGCCUAAGAAAUCUACCUGA